AUGGAAGCCAGUGACGCAGCAGUGGCCGAGAAGCCCAAGGAGGACCCAAAACCAGCCGAAUCAGAAGACAAGAAGACUGAUGAGAAGCAAGAGCUUCCACCCGCCGUGGCAGUUGCCAUUCCUGCAGAGGAAGCCACAGAAGCCAAAAAGGAUGCUGUCGCUACUGAAGCUGCUGAAGCAAGCGCGGCUCCCGUUGAAGUCGCUGCUCCGGAAGACGAAGCGAAUGCCAUCUGGGAGCCUGCUCCUCCAGAUAUUCUCUCCGGACGUGGAGCUUCGGUCAAUGCUCACCCAGGCAAUAAAAAGUUUCGUGCUCUUUGCUUUGCUCGCAAGCCUGAAUUCGAAGCUGGCAAUCACGCUGCCAAGCGCCGUGUGGCUACCGAGAUUGUCACUUCCUCCUUCGAUGGUGGCAAAGCACGAUUCCUCAAGAAGAAGGGUGAGAAGGGUCCUUGGUACGAAAUGACCAAGGAACAAGCCAUCCUCAAGGCCUGCCAAGUCAUGCGUGACUACAAGCGCCCUGAUCGCAUGGCUAUGCGUGAAAUGAUGCAACAGAAUGGACAUGCUCGCAAGCGCAGUCGUUCUGCUGAGCCAUCGACUCCUCUUUUGGACACUCCUGUUCCCAGUGGACCUUUGGAACCCAUUAUUGAGAACCCCUUUGGUGUUCACAGCCACGAUGUCCUUUCUGGACGAGGUGCCUUUGUAAAUGGCCACGUGGGUAACAACCGUCUUCGUACUCUUGCCCUCGAACGCAAGAACCAGUUCGAUGCUGGCAACUACACCGAGAAGCGUGCUCUGGCCACCGAGAUUGUCCAUAUCAUUCGAUCCCUCAAGCCACCAGGCCGGUUCUUGAAGAAGGUGACUGCCAAGAAGGGAGAAAAGGUACCUGAAGAAAAGGAUGCUGCCAAGGCGUUCGAGAACGAAUGGGAGGAACUUCCCGACGAAAAGGCAAUCCACAAGGCUUGUCAAGUCAUGAGAGACAUUGACCGUCCCGACCGCAAGGAUCGUGAACUUCGUCGCGCAAGCAAGAAGAAGAAGCUCAGUACGGACAAGGGUGAUGACGUCAAGGAAGGGGAAAAGAAGGAGGACAGUGCCAUGGACGUCUUGGCUGCUGGUGUCGAGAAGACUGUUCAAGACACUGUUGCCGAAACCGAAGUUGCCUUGGAUAAGGCUUUGGAGGCAACCUCUGAUCUCAAGAAGGACGAAACUCCAACUGUGGAAGUCUAA